AUGACGGAUCUCUUACGGGAAGCCCCGUUGGGCCAAAUCCUACGCUGGGCCACGGGAAAUCGAAUCCUCCAAUACCCAGAAGAACUACCUGGCUUCGAAUUGCCCAAAACAUAUACCGCUCUCCUUAACUCCGAUAAGCAUCAAGAGAUACAAGGGAUUCCAACACGGGAACAGGAAGCUACUCAUCAAUCAAGCCGUUCGAGUAAUGCUGCUUCUGACAUUGAGAAAGUCAAGACUGAGCCCUCCCCUUACGACGAAGCCGACAAGACCCUCGGACUAACCAGAACGAGGAGUCGAUUGGAAACAGCCCCCUACUCAGAAGACCGCCUCGAGGUUGAAGCAGAACUCGCCAUCGAGCGGACAAGAACUCAACCCGUCAUCCCUCAGAAGACCUCGGACGGCUUAAUAUUAGUCGACUGGUAUACCACAGACGACUCCGCCAAUCCGUAUAACUGGACGAAUAAGAAACGCUUCCUGAUAUCCCUCAUUAUAUGUCUAUACACCUUCGUGGUCUACACUGGCUCCGCAAUCUACACAUCCAGCAUAGGAGGCGUGAUGGAGAAAUUUGGCGUUAGCGAAACAGACGCUUCGCUACCCCUAUCUCUAUACGUCCUCGCUUACGGCAUCGGUCCUCUCCUUUGGGCGCCCCUUUCUGAGAUCCCCAUCAUCGGACGGUCUCCUGUCUACGCGGCAACCAUGGCGCUUUUCACCAUCCUGUCACUCCCUACAGCCAUGGCCAGCAACUUCGCUGGUCUCCUCGUCCUCCGCUUUCUCCAAGGCUUCUUCGGCUCCCCAUGUCUCGCCAUCGGCGCAGCCACCAUGCAAGACAUGUACUCCAUGCUAUACCUACCCUACGCUCUCGUAGGUUGGGUAUCAGCCGCAUACUGCGGACCUGCCCUCGGCCCUCUCCUCUCGGGCUUCGCAGUCACCGCAAAAGGAUGGCGGUGGUCCCUUUGGGAAAUCCUGUGGGCCGCUGGUCCUGUCUUCCUGCUCAUGUUCCUCCUCCUCCCUGAGACCUCCACCCCCAAUAUCCUCCUCCGUCGUGCCCAACGCCUGCGAAAGCUCACUGGUGAUGACCGUCUCCGGUCACAAUCUGAAAUUGACCAGAAGAGCCUGAGACCCACCGCAAUCCUCGUGGACGCCGUGAUCAAGCCCAUGGAGAUAACCAUCAAGGACCCGGCCAUCCUCUUCGUCAACCUCUACACCGCAAUCAUAUACGGGAUCUACUACAGUUUCUUUGAAGUUUUCCCGUUAGUUUAUCCUCCAAUGUACGGGUUUUCUCUUGGAAUGGUUGGCGUUGUCUUCCUCUGCGUACUCGUAUCUUGCAUUGCCGGAAUAGCAAUAUACUGCGGGUACCUCCACUACAUCCUCAUUCCCGAUAUCAAGGCCAACGGGCUCCGGGCCCAAGAAUCCCGUCUCGUUCCUGCCCUAUUCGCAUGCUUCGGGCCGACUAUCGGCCUCUUCGUAUUCGCCUGGACAGCCAACCCGUCGAUCCACUGGAUCGCCCCCACCAUCGGGAUUGUGAUCUAUGGAGGUACGGUGUUUGUCGUUAUGCAAUGUAUUUUCGUCUAUGUGCCCCUAAGUUACCCUCAAUACGCCGCGAGUCUUUUCGCGGGCAAUGAUUUCUUGAGGAGUGCGUUUGCUUGCGGGAGUAUCAUGUUCGGCAGACCCCUGUUUUUAAACCUAGGGGUGGGCAAGGGUGUGAGUUUGCUUGGUGGCUUGAGUGUCAUUGGCAUUAUCGGAAUGUUUGCCUUGUGGAUCUUCGGGGCGAAGCUCAGGGCGAGAAGUAAGUUUGCUGUGGCUUAA